GCCCGGGGGCAGUGGAGCCGAUGUCGGCCUUGAGGCGCUCGGGCUACGGCCCCAGUGACGGUCCGUCUUAUGGGCGCUACUACGGGCCUGGGGGUGGAGAUGUGCCCGUGCACCCACCUCCGCCCAUAUAUCCUCCCCGCCCCGAACCCCCCCAGCCUCCCACUUCCUGGCGAGUGCGCGGGGGCGGCCCGGCUGAGACCACCUGGCCGGGAGAAGGCGGAGGAGGCGAUGGCUACUAUCCCUCUGGAGGCGCCUGGUCGGAGCCGGGUCGGGCUGGAGGAGGACACCAGGAGCAGCCACCAUAUCCUAGCUACAAUUCCAACUAUUGGAAUUCUCCUGCCCGACCUCGGGCUCCUUACCCAAGUACAUAUCCUGUAAGACCGGAAAUGCAAGGCCAGAGUUUGAAUUCUUAUACAAAUGGAGCAUAUGGCCCACCAUACCCCACUGGCCCUGGGACAAAUACUGCCUCAUACCCAGGGGCUUAUUACACAUCCGGGUAUGCUCAGACCAAUUACUCCACAGAGGUUCCAAGCACUUACCGUUCACCUGGCAACAGCCCAACCCCAGUCUCUCGUUGGAUGUAUCCCCAGCAGGACUGCCAGACUGAAGCAGCCCCUCUUAGGGGGCAGGUUCCAGGAUAUCCUGCUUCACAGAACCCUGGAAUGAGCGUGCCCCAUUAUCCUUAUGGGGAUGGUAAUCGUAGUGUUCCACCACCAGGACCAACUGUACGAUCCCAGGGGGACUCCUGGGCUCCUCCGGGUGCUUAUGGCAUGGGAGCCCGUUACCCCUGGCCUUCAGCUGCCCCCUCAGCACCACCUGGGAGUCUCUACGUGAGUGAGAGCGCUUCAUCAUGGCCAAGCAGUGGCUCUCCUCGGCCACCUCCUUCCCCCCCAGCCCCACAGCCCAAGGAUUCCUCAUACCCCUAUAGCCAAUCAGAUCAAGGCAUGAACCGGCACAACCUUCCUUGCAGUGUCCGUGUCCAUCAGUACGAGUCCUCGGGAACAGUGAACAAUGAUAAUUCAGAGCUCUUGGAUUCCCAAGUCCAAUAUACUGCUGAGCCUCAACUGUAUGGUAAUGCCACCAACGAGCAUCCCAGCAAUCAAGAUCAGAGUCAUAAUCUUCCUGAAGAGUGUUUAUCUUCAGAUGAAGGGACUCCCCCAAGUAUUAAAAAAAUCGUACAUGUGCUGGAGAAGGUCCAGUAUCUUGAGCAAGAAGUAGAAGAGUUUGUAGGAAAAAAGACAGACAAAGCAUACUGGCUUUUGGAAGAAAUGCUAACCAAGGAACUUUUGGAACUGGAUUCAGUUGAAACUGGGGGCCAGGACUCUGUCCGGCAGGCCAGGAAAGAGGCUGUUUGUAAAAUCCAGGCCAUACUGGAAAAAUUGGAAAAAAAAGGAUUAUGAAGGGAUUUAGAACAAAGGGGAAGCCUGUUACUAACUUGACCAAAGAACUCUUGAUUUUGGUUAACUACCCUCUUUUUGAAAUGCCUGUUGAGGAGAAGAAGCAAUACAUUCCAACUUUCCUUUGAUAUAAAACUUGAAAAACUGGUAAAGGACGUGGAAGAACAGUUGGGUUAUGAGUUGUUUUCAGUUUUCAGACCAAUGAAUGUAAUAGGAAGCUAUGGAGUUAUCAGUAUUGCCAAGUAGACUCACCCCUUAAGAAAUUUAUGGGUAUCUGCAAGCUGCUUCUUAUCAGCAGGAGGGAAAUCCACCUUAUGUAACAGGCUUAUCAGAAACCUACCGGAUAAGACUGGAUGUUGUCUGAGACAAACAGGCUCUGUUUUUUUAAACAUCUGGAUUACUUGUCACAUUUUUGUACAUUGUGACUGCUUUCACCGUACACUAUGUGUGUAAAUUAUAGCUUGGACUUCAGCCUU